ACCGUGUUUGUGCUGUAAUAAACCCAAAACUAUGACAACUUGUAGUUCGCUGUCAUGAAAAUUCAUGCGUUGCAGUGGUUUGCGGGUGGGCAGCACACCCUGCGUCAGUCGUUGUCUCAGGCCUAGUGCUCUCCUACUGUCAAGCAAGAGUCAUCGAUCGCAUCGCCCUUCCUGGUCCCGCUUCGCGAAAGAUCUGAUCUUGAUCUUGGGUUCUGUUCGUUGCCGAGCCAUGUUUUAGCCUGGUACAGUCAGGGGACCCAAGCAAAGGCUAGGCCUCGGGCGAAGUUGACCUGUGAUCUAUGAUUGUCCGGUCGAUGAGCCUCCUGCUACCCCUACAUUGUAUGCACCGCGGAACGUCCUCCACCACCUAUGUUCAACUUUUGUCAAGCUUGUUCGUCACAACUUUCCCCACUGCCACAAGCUACACAUUCGAUGGUUGGUAACGGACAAAUGACCCUGAUGCCGACAUACUUGAGCUAUUUGAUGUGUGUUUCGUGCAAUUGUUCUCAGCAUUCGGACAAUUGUCCAGGUCAUUCGAGCAUUUGUUCAGUUCCUGCCAAAAGCCUCAAGGGAUAAUGAUAAUUGUCUG